AUGGACCAUAAGAUUAAUAAGAAUGAAAGUCUGCCACAAGUCAUAACAUUCGCAACAGUCCCAGUAAUAUUAAAUUUUUUGAAGAGUUUGCCGUUGAACAUCAAUUCUGAUGUAAACUUGGCAUACCCGCACUCAAAAGAUGAAUACGUAAUUCUUGAUGUUUACAACCCCGCAUCACAGCAUAGCGGACAAUUCACUAGUGGUAUAGUAGGGUAUUACAAUAAACAUGCUGGUUAUAAGGCAACAAUCCCCGAAAACAAAUACUGGAUACGAAAAAAUAUGACCGGAGUUCGCUUUAAAUCGGCUGUUGUCGUCACAGACCCCCACACAAAUCUGGAAGAUUACCUAACUAGUGAAAAAAAUCGUAAAGUUGGUUCAAUGCACAGAUUUCAGAGUGUUACUGUGAACUAUUGCAAAGAUAUGUAUAAUUUCAGUUUACACAUAGAAAGAACCGAUUCUUGGGGUUACUUAACGCCGAAUGGUCAUUUCGACGGUCUCGUGGGUCUUUUGGAAAGAAGACUCGUAGAUUUUGGCAGUUCACCGCUUAUUUACAAAUUAGAUCGAAUGCCCGUUAUUGACUACAGUUACGGAAAUUGGAUUUUGAGAUCCACUUUUAUUUACAGACGACCGAAAAUUAUAGAAACGUCAUACAAAAUUUUAAUGAGACCUUUGUCGAAUACCGUUUGGAUUUGCAUAGCUUUAAUGAUGGCGCUUUUGAUGACAUUUUUAAAGGUGCUACUUGUUACCCUCAGUUAA